CUUUGGCUGCGGACGUGGUGGUUCUAUUACCAUAACCUUAUUUCGCCAUGCGUCGAGCUCGAGAUUCAUGGUCGAGAUUCGUCUUCAGUAUUUGACUUUUAAAUUUUUUUUUCAUGUCUCUAACUUUGGCAACCGAACUUUCAGCAAUUUCGAUAUCAUAGUGUGAUUUGGUGAUAAUUUCUCGUGAUGAAUUAUAACAGAUAUGUGACCUUCAGGUUGAGCGCACUCAAGAUUUACCGACUCGACCACUUUACCUUUACCACGUGAAAUUCGCGAAUUGAACAGGCCAAGCAUGAAAUUGAAUCACAUAGUAUCAAAAUUUCCGUGAUUAAUACUCUGAAUAUGAUCGGUAAAAGUUUGUUCCCAAUUUUUCCUCAGCAGAGUAAAUUGUUUUUUCACAUCAGGCAGUUCACAAAUUGGAAACAGCUGCUGGUAUGUAGUAGAAUCUUAACCCAUUCAAGGACCGCUAUCUCCGCCUCAACUUCCUCCUCUAAAGACUCAAUCCAUGGGGCCAAGCCAGUCAAACUAGCCUACACUUCAUAUGAGUCCACUGAUCCAAUAAUCACCAACUCUACUCCUGUCAUCAUUUUACAUGGACUACUUGGAUCAAAAAGUAACUGGAAUUCAAUCUCCAAAGCCUUGUACAACAAAACGAAUAGAAAGAUUGUAAAUGUAGAUGCCCGAAAUCAUGGAGCCAGUCCAUUCUCAGAUGACAUGUCAUAUGAUCACAUGACUGGAGAUGUCAUCGCGUUGAUGAAGGACCUUGAAAUUAAGAAAGCUGCUGUUAUUGGCCACAGCAUGGGAGGCAGGACAGCAAUGAAUCUGGCUCUAAAUUUUCCAGAUGCUGUAGAAUCCCUUAUUGUCCUCGACAUAUCACCGUUUGGAAUAAGCUCAGAGUUUUCUAAUGUAGUCAAGGUUGUACACGCUUUACAAAAUGUCAAAAUAGAGCCUAAGGUUUCGUUACCAAAAGCAAGACUGAUUGCUGAUCGCCAGUUGUCUUCCACAAUAUCUGACCUUGCAAUGAGGCAAUUUGUGCUCACUCAAUUAUACGAAGACGAAAAUGGAAACUACAAGUGGAGAGCAAAUGUGGAUGUCAUAAAAAGAAAUCUAGAUGAAAAUAUUAUCAAAUUCCCUGUGGAUGAAAGUUUACGGUAUCAUGGUCCAACUUUGUUCAUCACUGGUUUAAAAUCAAACUAUGUCCAGCCGAAGGACCAUGAAGGCAUAAAGAUGCUUUUUCCAAAAGCUGUAAUCAAAUCUGUUGACUCAGGACACUGGCCUCAUGCAGAAAAACCUGCUGAGUUUCUGGCGAUGGCAUCAGAAUUUUUGAACACGCCUCAGUGAUGUCAAGGUGAAAUCGGUGAACUGUGAUCUACCUAGUGAGAAAGUAUUGUGUUACCUUGAAUUUAUAAAUAUUUUCUUGCUUGGUCUUUUAGUUUUCAAAUUGAAAGUGUUAUCUACAACAUAGUUCCUAGUAAUUGGAGUACAGGAGGGAACAAAAGUUAUAAAAAUGGAUUUGUAAGGAGCCGCAAAAUGUUUUGUUUUUUUGAAAUUUGAAUUUGUAGCAUAAAAAUUACCAGAAACAUUUUUAAAACUGGACUAUGGUUUGGAUAGUAUUCAUUCACGAAUGCAUUUUGGAGCAAGCUUCAGUGUCAACAAAAUGAAAGAAUGAUGUAAGGCGACAGUAUCAGUUGUGAUAGUAAUGUUAUUGUAAUAGACCCAGGGGAAAAAAGUGUUGGUCCGGGUCUUCGAGCUUGCUAGCUUGUGGGGUGUAGCAUACCUCUUGAAAUGAUCACACUCUAACUCAAUGUGAUACACCUUAUUGCAAAAAAUAAAUCUAAACACAAACACUCAGAGACGACACAGAUCCCACAAAACAUAAAACUCAACCGCCCAACUAAUUAGGAUCACUCGAGCACUUAUGGCGUCGGACCUCGGUGAUGAAAAUCUAAGACAAGCACGUAAUCGACUGCGCACAGAUGGUAUGCGUUGACGUUUUAUCCUGACAUCUUAUUGCAGCUUUUUGACAGUUGCUUUCAAAGAUUCUGCAAGUCCUUUGUAAGUAGUAAAUGCAUUUUCUGGAGCAGAGCGGGUACUGACGUUCUGCCCACCAGUGGUCGCAGGCUUUUUGAACUUUUGCUCCACAAUCAGAUCCCUUGCCUUUUUAUCAACUUACACAGUACUAUUUAUCAACCCUUUGAUGUAGGCUGUCAGUUGAUCUUUUUGCAUGUCAGGCCUUUUGCAUCUUCUGCCGUAAUCAGCGCGGGGAUCAUCACAAUGAGAUUCUUCAUCAGGGUUCCGGAUUCUUGUUGAAAUCAAUCAAUGAAUAGUCACUUACAGAUGGCAGGAUGAGGGAUCAAACAUGGGGAUUCCUCUUCUUCUCACAGGGAGGCUAUCUUUCUGCCAGGUCCUCUCAUCUGAAUCCUGCAUCGAUGGCCUCCCAGCAGCCCUUUUUUUCCAUCAAGGCUUUUGCUUUGAUGUGCCAUGUGAAAUAAUUGUCGGUGAGCUUAAGUCCUUGUUCUAAACCGUCUCUGCAGCCUUCGAACAUGGUUACUUCUUCCAGACGUGAAGUCGGCUACACUCCUCAGAUUGAAAAGACCAAACUCUCUACCUCAUUGACCGCUUGUUAAACGCAAAACAUCGCAGCUUCACCCGGAAACGUUUCCCUUCGAACGCAAGGAACAUUUCAACCGUAGUCUUGAAAGUUUCAAAUGGUCAUUCUUACGUGGUGUAAACGAUAGGUACAGCCCAAUAACCUGAGCUGGCCAUGCCGCACUACUGCAUACGCAACUUUAUCAAAGUCUGCGAUCACAAGAAAUCUCACUUUGACAUGCGAAACUUAAAUUCAUCAGAUUGAUCGUUGCACCGUUGAUACCCAGAAUAAGAAUUUUGGUAGUAUAUGAAUUUGAAUGAUAGCGACAACCUCUUGAGUAGUUUUGAGAAGUUUGCUAAUGUUGUUUCAACUGAUUAGGAUUAAAGCUCUUUGACUCAUUAGACUUUUGACCAUUGACUUUGUAGGCAUUAAUCGAUGCCUUGUCCACUGAAUCUUUACCGUAACUUUGAUAAUUGUUGGUGACUUUUUGCUUGAUGUACUCACAUUUGUCAGUGGUAAUAGAAUCAAUUACAUCGUUUAAAUGAGCGUAUUUGGGAGGUAGUGCGGCUAAUAGAUUUGACAAGUUUUCAGUUUCAUUUAUUUUGAUUCUGCAAUUCAACAAAUCGUUAAUACAUUUUUAAAAAUCGAGAAAGAAGGGUGCUGGGUCUAGAUUUUCACUGAGUUUCAGCUCCAACAGCCGCCUCCGUUUUUGGACUUGUACUGCCAUAGACUUGGGUUGGGAUGUAGACGUCAGUUUCUCCAACAUUCCCCUUGUGGUUUCUUCAGUACAAAUUAAAUCAAAUAUACUAUUUGACACUGUCGGGACAUGGGUAUCGCGGUAUUGUAUGGCUUUGCUGUAACUACGGCGAUGGGAGAGCAAAAAGGCGAAAAGAAAGAAACAAACGGAGUUCGAACACAAGUGCGUGUAUUCACAAAAAAUAAAGAAAAUCAAACUCGAUAACUGAGCAAAACUGAACUAAAAGAGAAUCAAAACGAAAAAAAAAGAAAUCGGUGAGCGCGGGUCUACACGACUGCUCAGACCCGACUGACUAGUGAAAAAUCGCACUAGGCCCAACAUGGCCGCACUCGAUCCCCUCUUGCUCCUAUUACCCCUCCCUCCGAGCGGGAAUUUUGAAAGUGAUCGCGGUGCUGUACAUCCCCCUCACUUAGUAAGAAGUGCGUCCGCACUUCGAACCACUAACAUUGAAAAAGUUUCAACUGGGAAAGCAAGAAGAAAAAAAAACUCGGCUGGUAGGUUUGGGUGACAGGAGCCUUUGAGGAUUUACAAUUGAAGGUGCUAUUCAAAAGGGUAACAUUUAUGCUGAUGGAUGUGGGACAUCAAGAGGAAUGAGCAUUUAGCCUGGGAAAAAGUUAAUGAUCUCUGAUUAAUUUGACUUAAGAUUAAUUGGUCACAAAAAGUUGUAUUCUGAUGAUCGAAAGAUUUCUUGAUGAAUAUUUCCAGGUAGGCAAGAGAAGUGCUCUGAGUUGAGAUCAUGUAAAAUGCGUUCGUUUGUCCUCCAGUGUUGUCCGGCAUCCAUUAGAUAAUACAGGUUACAGCAAUUUCAUCCCUUUUCUGAAACACAUAAUUUCAGAAAAAAGGUAGUUAAUCACGACAACAAGAGGUUUAUUACAAAUAGGAAAAUGUAUCACAAAAGUUUAGACAUUAUUGCAGAUUUCUGAUAUAAAAUACUUCUUAACAAACAAAGGAACAUUGGCAAGUGACUAUGAAUUUACUGCAGCAGCCGACUCUAAUGCAACGAAAAAAUUCUCAUCAUCUUCGAAACCAGUGAAAAUUGAAGGAGAAAUCACAGGGGUUCUAAUAGAAGAUAGAGUUUUCUGAAGUUCAGUCGAAUCUGAGAGGUUGGCAGAAAUAUGUGAAUUACUAAAUGUGGGAUUGGUGGUUGUUACAAUAGGAGUUGUGAGAAGGUUAAAAUUUGUAUUCAUGCUAGAGCCUGCAGUUGUGAAGAUUGUAUUUUGUUCUGUCGUAGACAUUUUUACACUAUUGUCUCCGUCGAUUUUUCGGUUUCUUUUGACUAAGAGCCACCCAUAUUCAAGAAACCAAACGCACCAUAAUGAGACAUAACCGAGUAAAACUUCGGUACAAAUAUCAUACAGCAGGAAAUGAUAGUAGAAAGUGUUUAGAUCAAAUAAGCAAAUUAAGAUCUGAGAAAGCUAGUUGCAAUAAAUGACUUGGGAAAACAACCAUGCGAUAUUAUCUUGGUACUUGAGAUUCAGAUGGUGAGUGGGGGAAAGGUUGGCCACAUUCGCUUACAAAUAUGUAGGUAUAUGAUGCUGCGGUGUGUCAUGAUAAUGACUCAUGAGUAACAUACCUGUUUUUUUGAAAUUGCUCUUGGGCUGUCGCAGAAUCUUAUCCACAAUUUUCUGAAGUGCUCGUCUUUUGGAAAUGAAUAAAAUCGCACUGAUUCACCUGCUUCACUUUUUAUCGACUGCUUAGUGUUGCAGCCUCGCACUGAACAGUAUUUCUUGUAUCUUUGGAUUGCCAGAUAUCUCCAAUUGCCACUUGUUCCAAUUUAUUUGUAGAAAUAAACAUGAAAAAAGAGACCCCUUUAGUUAAAAGUAACGCAAUCUACACAACAUUCCAAUGUAGCUGCAAUUCAUUGCAAUCAAUCCUACUUUGGCAGUUAAACUCCCUCUUGCAAGAAACCAGAACUUCUCCUGAAGGGCUUGUUGACUGAACAUCCGCUGUUGUCAAUUGGUCACAACAUUAUUUUCCUCUCACCAGUCAUUUUUUCCCCAAAAGUCAUUUUUUAUUCUCUUGCCUCUUUAUUCUUUGAUGAUGAUUCUCUGGAUUAUGAUGUAUAAUUUCUUAUCACAAUUACAUGUAGUCAAGAUUACACGUAGAACAUGACUGAAAAUCUGCAAGGAAACCUGUUGCAAUUUGUUGAGUUAUUUGCAGAGGGAAGAUACACCGUCAAUCAAAUAAUAAAAUAUAGGUUGCACUUUACUUCACUUUAUUAAUGAAUCUUUACUUUAUUCUAAAAGCAAGCGCACAGCAUUAGCUGGCCGUGUAGGGAGUGUGCAACCAUGGCGGCUGUUGAGAGAGUAACAGAGAGUUACAGUCGCAGUGAGACUGGGCACAUAUCAAUCUACCAUCUAAUCUAUUAUCAGCUAAUCUAACAAUGUAAAACUUGAACUGCUUCAUUACUACAAAUGGCUAGGGAGUGGCAGAUACAUUUCAAGUUGCUUAUUCCAGGAAAGUUUGCUUGGAGCCUUGAUGACACAGAAUUGUGCUCUCCUUGCAUUGUUUUACAGCCAUCUAAGCCAAAGCCAAUCAGGUUUUCAAGAUUGACUUUUUCAGAGCGAAAAGAGGACAUGAUCGUGUUAUAAAGAUGGUUAGCUGUCGCUCCCUCGAAGGCAACCUCAGGGCGAUCUUCAGUGAUCACUCUCCAAAGAUCCCAGAAGCUACUAACAAUCCGGCGACAGUGUUCGUUGAAAUAUCGAACACCAAUGCAAAUAUUUUGAUUGCAACUAAUGUCAGUGGACUCAUCAGCUAUUAGAGAAAAUUUGUUGGUGUUGAACUGUUCAGCUAAGGCCAAGCUACGGCUAUGACAAGGUGCAAGGACACUCCUGAUUACACCGGCUAGUUUUGUUCUUUUCAGAUGAACAUCUUGGCAAAUUCUUGAGUCUGGAAAGCAAUCCUUCAUUAAGUCAAUGAGAUGAUCAGAGAUUUUUCACUGCCCUGUCAUGGGUUGGUUCUACUUCUGGGUCCUCCUCUGAAGGAUCGGGUCUUUGACAAACGGAGAGCAGCAUUCCCUCAUUUAGUAAAUGCUUACAGCUCCUCUUAUGCACUUUAAGAGAUUUGGUUUCAGCAUUGAAAGUUUCCUCGCAAAGUCUGCAAAAUGCUUUGAAGGGACUACUGUCUACUGAACUGAUCCAUCUUGCAAACUGUGCAUUCAACUCCCACUCUUUCCGAUACUUUUGCUUUCGGUGCUUCUUAGUUUGUGGUUCCCCUGAAUCCGGGCUGUCCGCUGAAGGAAUGUGACUUACGGGUACAAUUUCUUCAAAACAUUCUACUUACGCCCGCUUUUUCAGAGGUCUAGUAGAAAAUGCAAUGUUGACAUUGCUUCAAGGAUGACACGAUUUGUCAGUACGUGGAACUGCAUUGGGUGCUUGAUUUGUCAUAACAUUUAUAGAUGAAUUAUUGAUGUUAUCUUUUCUGGAAUCAAAUUUUUGGUUUGAUUUAGGGGUUGUCUUUCUUGAAUGGACCUGAUUGAUUAGACCUACAUGUUGGUCUUUUUAAAAAUGUUUCUUAACAUAAUCUUAGAAUUCUACAAACACUUUUGGGGAGGUAUGCUAUUA